AUGCCAAUUGCCGCCAUUGAGGCCUUAGUCCUACUACUAACUCACUCUCCUUCAUCGACUAUUUCCGAAACCCUCGACCUCCUAAAGACACACACGGAGCGCCUGAAGCGGGCAAUCCCGAACCCCAUCGGCCUUUCCGCCGGCACCGACCUUUUCCAACGAUACAUAAUCAGCACCCUGCAGAGGCCGGGGAAGCUAGGGCCUGCGGGAGACUUCAACGCUAUAAGAGCGCAUCUGCUAUCAAACGGUCGGCUGUUUAUCAAACGGGCCAAGGAGAGCAGAGAUAAGAUCGCAGCUUUUGGCAGUGGAUUUGUACGGGAUGGGAGUACGGUGUUGACGAACGGUGGCUCUCGCGUGGUAGGCGCUCUGCUGAAAAAGGUUGCUGCGGAGGGUCAUGAGUUUAGUUCUUCUCCCGUGCGGUUUCGCGUGAUAUAUGUGCUCCAUGAUGGGCAUGAUAACGGCAAUUCUCAGACCGAUCGAGAUACGGAAGGGAUGGAUAUUGUUCUCUCACUUAGAUCGAAAGGUGUUCCUGUUGCGACAAUUCCAGAGUCCGCGGUCGCUUACUCCAUGGGGAUGGUGGACAUGGUGAUUGUGGGUGCUGAAGGGGUCGUCGAGAACGGAGGUAUAAUAUCCCGACUGGGCACGUACCAGAUGGGACUGUUGGCCAAAUCGGUGGGCAAGCCAUUCUACGUCGUCACCGAAAGCCAUAAAUUCGUCAGGUUAUACCCGCUGGGCCAGUACGACUUGCCGAUCAGUCAGCACAUUAUGGAUUUCAAGACCAGUGAUGAUUCGAUCAAAAAAGAGGUGCCGAAGGAGGAGACGCCGAAAUCUGGCGCCCUGCCCAAGCGCGAGGCGGUGGAUUUCACACCACCACAUUUAAUAACUGCUUUGAUAACAGAAGGGGGAGUGCUUACGCCGAGUGCGGUCAGUGAGGAGCUGAUCAAAAUCUGGUUUUAA